CCUAGUGCCAAGGUAAAGUGGCCAUAUAAAGAGGCCAAGGGGAACACUGGGGCGCUGGUUGCUCUACUUCGUGGACAAAAUGAACCUCACCCUUCUCCUUCUGGCAUUGGUUGGCAUAGUUGGUGUGUCCAAUGCUGCUAGCCCCCGAAAUUUAUGGCAAUUCCGCAACAUGAUCAAAUGCACCAUCCCAAACAGUGACCCACUGAAGGAUUACAACAACUAUGGCUGCUAUUGUGGCAUAGGGGGCAGUGGAACACCGAUGGAUGAGCUAGACACAUGCUGUCAGAUUCAUGACAAGUGCUAUUCCGAAGCCAAGAAACACCCCAAGUGUAAAUUCAUUCUGGACAGCCCCUACAUGGAGAUCUAUUCCUACAGCUGCUCUGGCAAUAACAUCAUUUGCGGUGAAAAGAAUAACGAAUGUGAGGCAUUUAUCUGUAACUGCGAUCGCAGCGCCGCCAUCUGCUUCGCAGGGGCUCCGUACAACCCUGCCUACAAGAACUUCGACACGGGCAAACACUGCAAGUGAAGCUCGAGUCGUCUCACCUACGCAGGGACCUUUCUGUGCCCCCCCUCAUCAGGGUCUCACAAGCAGCUUUGUGGACAACAGGAAUAGAGGAAGCUUGGAUUAAAAGUUAAGCUAGUUAAACGAACCGAUUGCCUGAGUAAUAAAACGGGGCAUCAAAACCUGUCAA